ACAUAAUGCAUUAUGCAAGGCGCAAAAAGCAUGCUUUCAAGCAGAAAAAUAGUAAAAAAGCAUAUAAGGAAGACAUUCAAUCUGUAAUUGCAAAGUAUGCUGAAUUUGCAAAGGUAAAUAAGGAUACGCUGACAUCGUUCUCACAGAUGCCGUUAUCAGAAGGAACUCAACGUGGUUUAUUGGCUAGCAAUUUCAUAACACCAACUGAUAUUCAGCGCGAAUCACUGCAAUUUUCAUUAACUGGUCUGGAUGUAGUAGGAGCCGCUAAAACAGGCAGUGGUAAAACGCUUGCUCUGCUCAUCCCAGUUUUGGAAUGCUUAUGGAGGCAGAGUUGGUCACAUAAAACUGAUGGACUCGGUGCAUUAAUUAUUAGUCCUACAAGGGAGCUUGCUUUCCAAACUUUUCAAGUGUUAAACAAGAUUGGAACUCACCAUCAAUUUUCGGCUGCUGUUCUCAUAGGAGGGACCGAUGUUGAGUUUGAAAGCAAACGAAUUGGUUCAAUAAAUAUUGUUGUGUGUACACCUGGCAGGCUUCUGCAGCAUAUGGAUGAAAACAGCACUUUUUCAUGUGAACAACUUCAAAUUCUUGUUAUUGAUGAAGCGGACAGAAUUUUGGAUCUCGGUUUCGCAAAACAAAUGAAUGCGAUUUUGGAAAACUUACCUACUGAACGGCAAACGUUGUUAUUUUCCGCGACACAAACUAAAAAUGUGAACGACUUAGUUCGUUUAGCCUUGAAAAAUCCUAUAUAUGUGUCUGUUCACGAAAAUGCUCCUCAAGCUACUCCAGAAUCAUUGCAACAAAGUUACUUUACUUGCAAGGAUGAAGAUAAAAUUAACAUAUUAUGGUCGUUUUUGGUAAACCAUCGAAAGAAAAAAACUUUGAUAUUUGUGUCGUGUUGCAAGCAGGCUAGGUUUCUGACUGAGGCGUUUUGUCACUUACGUCCUGGUCUUUCGCUGAUGGGUUUGUGGGGUACGAUGAAUCAAAUGAAACGACUCGAAGUUUUUAAGAAGUUUAACGGCAAAACAGGAGGAAUCGCACUUAUUGCAACGGAUGUGGCUAGCAGAGGAUUGGACUUUGCUCGCGUUGAUUGGGUGCUACAGCUGGAUUGUCCUGUAGAUGUUAAUGAUUAUAUUCAUCGAGUAGGGCGUACUGCUCGAAUGGAUGUUAAAGGUGAAGCAGUUUUGGUCCUUACACCUUCACAAGAGCAAGCAAUGUUCACAUUGCUGCGGUCAAGGAAUAUUCCAAUCUCAAAAAUUGAUGUCAGUGAAAAACGGAUAACUGAUAUCAGUAGACGCUUACAGUCAGUGAUAAUUCAAUAUCCAGGCAUGAAAGAGUUUGCUCAAAGGAGUUUCGUCGCAUAUAUUCGAACAAUCUAUCUAAUGAAAAAUAAAGAUAUUUUC